AUGCCUCAUUUCCCGGCAGUGCAGGUGGAAGCGUACCUGAAGCUCCACAUCAUCUCCCAGAAGAGGGACAUGCAGGGCCUGGCGCCUUUCCACAACCAGCGAAAGGUGGCUAAGGGGGGCAUGCAGUACAAACUGGAGGUCUGCAUGGUCUCAGCAGAUGGCUUGAGGAGUGCAGAUUGGAUGAGCCAGUCAUCGGAUCCGUAUUGCAUCUGCAAGGUCAAGGGGAAGGGCACGACCUCCAUCCGAACAAAGGUGGUGUCGAAGGACCUGAAUCCUGUGUGGCAGCACAAAGAGGUCAUCGAAGAUUUCUAUCAUGGCGAUGCCCUGCUUUUUACAGUAAAGGAUUCUGACAAGAUAAAGCACGACGACACCCUGGGCAGCGUCCAACUCCAGCGACCCAGUUGGUGA